AUGAAUGGCUGGACAUCCCCUGAAGGGAUCCUCUACAUCAAAGAAACUCUAUGCACUCUUUUACCUUGGCCAAAUGGUCCCCAUUACUGGCAAGUUAACAGUACUGCCAAUAUACUAGAAGGAAAUAAUCAAUUGGUUAUUGCUGCUUGCAGUGAAGGGAAGAUAGCAGUCGCAUAUUUACAUCUAAUCUUAAUCUCCCAUUUGUUGAAGAAGCCUCCAAGAUCCUUGCUAUCCUUUGUGAGAAGCAUUUGGUCAACUGCUGUAGUCUUGAUGAUCACACCCCUGAUUGAUGUUGGACUGCAAAACCUGCUAGAGGAGGUUGAACAGGGGAAGUGGUUGGUUAUCAUCUUGUCUCCAGAAUGGCUGAACUCACUGGAAUUCGAGAGAAUUGUACAAAACAAAUGGUUUAGGAAGCUUCUUGCUUUGUAUGUCAUUGACGAGGCUCAUAUUGUCCUUCCAUGGGCUGCAGACUUCUGCGAAGCCUAUGGUCAGAUCAACUACAUCAUUGCAUGCAUCCCUGUUGGCAUUCCUAUCCUAGUGAUGAGCAGAACACUAGGCUCGGAGGCUGAGACAUCUCUCACCAAGUUUCUGGGCUUUUGCGAUGGGACAUAUCAGACGAUCCGAAGAUCCUCGGCAUCUCCGGCAUUGCUCGGCUUGAGUCGCCUAACGACAUGA